AUGAAUGUAGUUGAUGCAUUUGUUUGUUUUCAUCCUGUGUCAAUGUGUGAAUUAUAUAUGCAAUUUAAUCGAAGUAUUAUUAUUAUUUCAUCAACACGUUAUGAACUUUCAAGAUUUGAACCUGAACAAUGGAAGAAAUUAAACGAAAAUUUGAAAAAAAUUUCUCAAGAUCCAAAAAAUAUUAUAGCUGCAAAUAAUUUAUAUGAUGCAGAAUAUAUUCGUUAUUUCACUGGUAUAAAUGUUACACUUUUACCCAGCUUUUGUAAUUAUACAAAUAGUGAUUAUAAUCCGACACGCGAAGAAUUUUUACUUGCUCCUAUUCAUGCAUCGUAUUUUGAUGCAUUAUUUAAAAAACUACUUAAAAAUUCUUUAGAUCAAUAUCAAAAACAUAAAAUUAAAAUUAUACCGAUUAGAAGUAUUUAUCGUAAUUACAAAUAUUCUGAUUUGACUAAUCAUCCAGCUAUUAUUCAUGUGCCUUAUCAAGUUUCAAUAAUGAGUCUAUUUGAACAAUAUCGAAUGAAUAUUCCACUUCUAUUUCCAUCACUUGAUCUUUUGACUAAAUGGCAUUAUGAAUAUGGUGUUGUCAAUGAAAAAACUUGGGAUCAAAUUUUAGAUGGAGUAAGACCAAAACGUUCUCGUAUUAAAGGUAUUUUAACGAAUGUACCCGAUCCAAAUAGUGAUUUGGAUCGUACAGCAAUUCGAUAUUGGUUAAAUUUCUCAGAUUAUUAUCAAUGGCCACAUAUUAUAUAUUACGAAUCGGUUGAGGAUCUUAUUGAAAAACUGACUUCGACAGAUUUUAGAAUGAUUAGUAAAAAAAUGAAGGAAUAUAACAAACAAGUUGGAACGACUUUAUUGGAGAAAUGGAAACAUAUAUUGAAUACUAUAAAGCAAUAUUCAAGAAAAUUUCAUCAAUUUGACUCUUGA